CAGACCAACAACAUACUAAUCAUCACUUCUACGGGCGAAAUCGUUUGGAGAGGACGUGUUUGACGAUGAGAAACCCAACUAUCUUAUUCUUUUAACACCGAGGCUACCCUAGCACCAUGAAGUCAAGUAUUCACCAUGUCCCGGGAAACAAGGUGGUCCACACUGUGGCUCACAACCACUCAGACCAACCCCAGACACAGGGAGGAGGCGUCUCUGUCAUCACCAAAACUUCAAAAGCCCCCUCCUUCCUCGAGCAGACUAUCACCAAAUUCCAAGUUAUUUUGUUUGACUCAGACAAUCCCGAUUCUGUCUACGCCCCAGGUGAUUACGUCAAAGGGCAAAUCAUUUUGCAUGUGAAAAACCCACUGGAUCUGCAAUUCAUUGAGGUGGUUGUCAAAGGAGAGGGUGUUAUUUCCUGGGGACAUUCCUCGGCCAGACUAGAGAAUUAUGUCUUCAAGAGGACAUUUAUGGCUGGUUCGCCAGACAACUCUGUGAUAACUGUGCUCCACCCAGGCAGGUAUGCCACUGCGUUCCAGUAUCAUCUGCCAACAGACAUACCAUCUUCAACAGAUUAUGUGGCACCCUUGGACAAGUUUAGUUUCCACAUUGGGUAUGCAGUAGAGGCCAGAAUAUGUGAUUAUGCUAUGACUAAAGUUACAAAAGGGAAGCGCUUUUUGCGUCAACAAGUCCGUAUCCUGCAGGAGGAUUCCCACCCUUUUGUAAUCCAGCGGCCAUUUAGUAUAACUGACCUGCCUGGGGCCUUCACACCUAUUCAGCAUGUAGAUGUUUUAACUUCCAGCAUACUGAAGCCAUUGAAGAGCAAUGAUGGUGUAGUGAAGUUGCAAUUGCAUCGCAGUGCAUAUUCCGUUGGAGACAGCAUCAUUCUACACAUUGAGAUCAAUGCUAAAACAAAUAAACCACCUGUCAGAGGAAAAAUAGACUUAGAGCAAAAAGUGACCACAGUCAACCCCAUGAGAACAUUUGUGGCUGAUAUAGCUGGAAUUGAAGAGAACCUUCUUACUCGCCAUCGUCGAGACAGUGAGGUUAUGACUGCAGCAGGUGUACAUAUAAGUAGAUACGAAUUUGCACUUGAAUUGCCUCGAAAUCUGCUGCCAUCUCACCUUCCUGGCUGUAAACUGAUAACUGUGACUUACACCCUCAAGGCACGCGUAGACUUUGCUGGCUCUGGUGGACAAUGGUCUGCCAAGGUUCCCCUACAAAUUGCUCCUGAGACAACAAGAAGAGAUUCAGCAUCAAGCAGCAGCACUGUGUCUCAGACCUUUUUCCGCAGACCUUCUCUCACUUUCCACAAUGCUAACAAUCAUCACGAUGGACUUUUUAACUCUCUGCCAAGGCCAAGUCUUACUCCAUCCUCAUCAUCUUCAUACCAACACAGAAGUAACUCACUUCCCAGGCCUAGCCAGGGCUCUGUGAGCUAUGACUACAGCAGCUUCUCUAUGCCACGCCCAAGAAGAGAUGAGGAUCUGAUUUCAAACCACAGCAGAAAUAAAGUCCGCACAAAAUAUAAAUCAUCACUUUUUAAAAAAUAAAAAGACAAGCAUUAGACGUUUAUCAAGAAUAUUUAAUGAUAACCAAUGAACAUAAAUGAAAUACCUAUUUGUUUUUCUGUGGAUCCAAAUUAAAGCAGUCUCCAGCAAGAUAGACAUUCAAUUGAAUAAUACAAGAGC